CUCCAGAAAGAAAGAGUGGUAACAAUCAAACAUGCCUCCGAACCUUUUGGCGCCAAUUCUCUCUCCACCGUUCCCUCAAACAACGGUACUCGUUCAUUCAUUCUCCCCAAACCAAAAAAUUCAGUUACCAUUGCCGCCUUCACAAACCGCCACAACACCAUUAACACAAAACAAACUUCACCUUCUUCCCCUCUCUCUCUCCCCUCUCACAACCACCGGAAACCACCGCAUCGGCCAACCAAACAUGCCUGCACCUCUGCAAUUCAUCGCCACAUCAUCACCCACACUCGCACCGUGAAAUUCUCGAUUAUCGUUGCUCUUGCGUACGAUUGAUUUUGUUUUUGAUAUUGUGCAGGUUAAGCGUGCUUCAAAAGGAGGAAGAAAAUGGCGACUGUUGCGGACAUUGCUACUUCCGCAGCCAUCAAUCUGUUGUCUGCAGUUGCAUUCCUGGUGGCUUUUGCGGUGUUGCGGCUUCAGCCUUUCAACGAUCGCGUCUACUUCCCGAAAUGGUACCUCAAAGGGAUAAGAGGCAGCCCCACAUCUUCCAGCUCGCUUGUGAAGAAAUUUGUUAACCUUGACUUCAGGACCUACAUUAGGUUUCUGAAUUGGAUGCCUGCCGCGCUGCAUAUGCCUGAGCCUGAGGUUAUUGAUCACGCAGGGCUUGACUCGGCUAUCUAUAUUCGGAUCUACAUUCUCGGCAUCAAAAUAUUUGCCCCGAUUACGGUUCUUGCUUUUAUUGUUUUGGUUCCUAUUAACUGGACCGGGAAAACUUUGGAAGCACCGGGAGCCAAGGAGUUGACGUUUAGCAGUAUUGACAAGAUUUCAAUAUCAAACAUUCCAUUUGGAUCACAAAGAUUUUGGGCACAUAUUGUCAUGUCAUAUGUCUUCUCAACUUGGACAUGCUAUAGUCUUUACAAGGAGUACAGGAUUAUAGCAACAAUGAGAUUGCGAUUUUUGGCGUCUGAACGUCGUCGACCAGACCAAUUUACUGUGCUAGUCAGGAAUGUUCCCCCAGAUCCCGAUGAAUCAGUCAGUGAGCACAUUGAACAUUUCUUUUGCGUCAAUCAUCCUGAUCACUACCUGAUGCAUCAUGUUGUUUAUAAUGCAAAUAAGCUUGCAUCAAUAGUUGCAAAGAAGAAGAAAUUGCAAAACUGGUAUAUUUACUACCAGAACAAAUAUGAAAGAGAUCCUUCAAAGAGACCAACUACUCGGACAGGUAUUAUGGGUAUUAUUGGGACUAAAGUUGAUGCUCUUGAUCACUAUACUGCAGCAAUUGAUCAAUUGAGCCUACAAGAAGCUGUAGAAAGAGAAAAUGUUAUGAAGGAUCCCAAUGCUCUUAUUCCUGCAGCAUUUGUUUCAUUCAAAACCCGAUGGGGUGCAGCUGUUUGUGCUCAAACUCAACAAACUAGUAAUCCAACCAUUUGGCUGACAGAAUGGGCUCCUGAGCCUCGUGAUGUCUACUGGGAAAAUCUUGCAAUUCCAUAUUUUGAUCUCAAUAUUCGAAGAUUACUCAUGUCUGUCUCUUUAUUUUUCCUUACUUUCUUCUUCAUGAUACCAAUAGCAUUGGUCCAAUCUCUAGCCAACAUUGAGUCGAUUGAGAAGGUCCUUCCUUUCUUGAAGCAUAUAAUUGAAAAGCCAUCUGUCAAGUCUGUUAUUCAAGGAUUUCUGCCAGGGCUAGCACUGAAGAUAUUUCUUGCAAUGCUUCCAAAAAUUCUCAUGGCAAUGUCCAAAAUAGAAGGUUUUUCAUCACUUUCAUCUUUGGAACGGAGGUCAGCUUCCAAAUAUUACUUGUUUGUUCUCGUCAAUGUGUUCCUUGGAAGCGUUAUCACUGGAACCGCAUUUCAGCAACUUCAGCAGUUUAUUGAUCAGCCCUCUACAAAGUUCACAAAAACGGUUGGCAGUACAAUCCCCAUGAAAGCCACAUUCUUCAUCACAUACAUAAUGAUCGAUGGAUGGGCUGGAAUAGCUGCAGAGAUCCUUAGGUUAGCUCCGUUAAUUACGUUCCACUUGAAGAACACAUUCUUGGUGAAGACUGAGCAAGACAGACAGAGUGCUAUGGAUCCUGGUAGCUUGGAAUUUGCUACAUCUGAACCUCGUAUCCAGUUAUAUUUCAUGCUAGGGCAUGUCUAUGCUCCAGUCACACCUUUACUCCUCCCCUUCAUUGUAGUCUUCUUUGCUUUUUCCUACCUGGUCUUUCGGCACCAGAUUAUCAAUGUGUAUAACCAGCAAUAUGAGAGUGGAGCAUCCUUUUGGCCUGAUGUCCACCGUCGAGUAAUCAUAGGCUUGAUUAUAUCUCAGUUUCUUCUGAUGGGGUUGUUAAGUACAAGAGGCGCCAAUAAGUCGACCCUGUUGCUUAUUGCACAACCUGUCUUGACAAUCUGGUUCCACAGAUAUUGCAAAGGGCGCUUCGAAUCUGCGUUUGUAAAAUUCCCACUAGAGGAUGCCAUGGUGAAGGAUACACUUGAACGAGCUGUUGAACCAAACUUGAACCUGAGACUUUAUCUUCAGGAUGCUUACGUGCACCCAGUUUUCAAGGGCAACGAGUUGGAAAAACCAGUAAUCAUUGAUGACGAAGAGGAAAAUCCACUUAUUCCGACAAAAAGAAGUUCUCGUCGGAGUAGCAAGCCUCAAUCUGAUAAUGGAGCCGGUAGUGCUAGCAGUUCCUCAGGUGCAGCCGUCAUUUGAGAUUCAAAGGAUGCAAUGGAGUAACUCCUCGAGUGAAUGAGAAUCAGCCAGUUUUAGUUGAAACCAUAGGAUACAGGAAACAGAAUGCCCCAAACAUCAUUCAUGCGAAACAGCCAGUUUUAGUUGAAACCAUAGAUGCAGGAAACAGAAAGCCCCAAAUCAAUUACAUUAUUCAUACCCUUAACAUUCUUUUCCUCUCAAUUGCCUUAGAGAAAUGUAUAACUGUAUAUAUAUCUGUAAGUAUUUGUUCUCUUGUAAUUAAUAUAGAAUAUACUGUGUUCAAUAGAGACAAACAGUGAAAAAUAUAUACAUUUGAUUCACCCCCCCCCCAACCCCCAAAUGAAAAUCAUUGUUUUUCCAGAA